AUGAAAAACUACAAAAAAGUUGGACUUUCAAAUACUAAGCACUUAAACGAUGAGAUUGGUUAUUAUAAGGAGUGCAUAAGGUUUCUUCCAUCUGAAAGAGUUAAUGACUAUUGUAUUUCUGAUGCCAUAAAUUACGAUCUAUUAAGGGAAGCAGGAAUGAAAAGGAGCAAAGCACUCCAAUUUUGUACUGCUCAUCAUUGUAAAAUUGAUUCAACACAAAUUAAACAUGGUCCUCCAGGUUUAAAGAUUUUUAAAACAAAAAUAAAUAAAUUUAAGUAAUUAAAUGGAUGGCAGAUGGUAGGAAGACUAAAUUAUGAGGAGUCUAUGCAAUAAGAGUAUUCUGAUGAUACUAAAUGGUAAAUAUAAGUAUAAAAUAAAGAAGAGUCAAAAAAAUUGGAAUAAUUAAAAUAAUUUUAUAGUGAUCUGGAUAUAAAAUAUUCAUUCAAUGAUUUGAGUUUAGAUGAAACAAUCACAAAAUUGAGAUCUUUGUCAUCGGAACAAAACUAUAAGAAUAGAGUACCGCAACAUCAAAUAAAGGACUCCAAAAAUAACAUAAUGUACUAUGAGAUGGCAGAGUAUAUUUUAUAAUUAAAAAAACCCCAAAAAACCUUGAUUUCCGAUUUGUGUGCAUUCGAUGAUUCUUUGCCAUUAGCAAGACAAGAAUACUAUGAAAUUUAACCAAAAAGAAUUAAGAAUGCAACUCCUUUGUAUUCACCAUAAAAUUACGAGAAAAGAUCGAAAUUACUAAAAGAACUAACCAGAGCUUAUACUGGGAAUGUGACUAUAACUGAAUCCUCGGAAGAAAUAAAUAAAGUAAGUAAUUUAUCAAUUGAUGGCUAUUAGAUCUUCCUAUUAGAUUGA